AUGGGAAAAGGCAUUUUCUCGAGACGACAGAUAAUAAUAUUUCAGUCUUUCUUACUUCUCAUCUUUGUCUGCGGGACGAUGUGCGCCUUUAUGAUCUCAUAUGAGAUGCAUAAAGAGCUGAAAAAGACAGAGGCAACGGCAUUUAAGUACCAACAGCAUCAGGAGUCACUUUCUGCACAGCUGCAAGUGGUAAAUUAGCAUAAUUCUAAACUAGAAAUAUCCCUCCAGAAAGAGAGACUUGAACAUAAGAAGGCCGAAAAGUAUAUCCUUGUGUUUAAACAGGAAUCACAGAAGACCCUCAACAAAGAAAAGCAAGAUUCGACCAAUCGACUGAAUGUUCUGAAUUCUGAAGGUGAGAUGGAAUUCCUUAUGGAAGCCCAGCAUGAAGAUUUGAGAAUGCAAUAUUAUGAACUUCAAGAGAAGCACCAGAAUCAAGGAGAAGAUCAUGAACAUGUUCUGGAUGAGCACAGGCAGGAAAUGGACCACCUGCAGAGGGAGAAGGAGGUUGAAAUAUCCAGACAGAAAGAGAAUGUGUACAAUCUUCAAGAGGAGAACAGACAGCUGAGGAAAGCUCAUCAGGAAAUCUACACACAGUUACUUGACGUGCGGGAGCAGCACAAGAACCUGAAAGCUAGAAAAGAUCAUCUUACACUCAAAUUAGAAGACCAUAAAAAUGCACUUGUUGCAGCCCAGGUAGAGGGAUAUGAGGCAAAGCGAAAUGGGUUAUCCCCUCAAGGUGUGUUGGAGAUUGAAAAUAACAAUGAGACCAAAGUGGCAAUGAAGCAGCCGCCUCAAAUUGAUGCUUUUGCAGAAGAAAAAGGACAGAAAGAGAAAAGAAGCACAUCAAAGGAUAGAGGAGUAGAGGAUGAGAGGAAAAAGGCAGCACUGGAACAUUCCUUAUCAAAUCCAAAAGAGCUGAGCAUUAACCUCAGAAACACACUAAGCCAAACCCUGGAGAAACAGACAAAGACAGAGGCAGUCCACAGAACCAAAGGAUGCUUUGAGGCUUUGGAUCCAGUUAUUGCUGAAGGCUCAGGCCUGCACUUUGAGAAUGAGGCCAACAACAAGGAAGAGGAUGAAUUUGAAAUGGCAGAAGAAGAAACAAAGGACAAUCCCAGUGGGAACAAGGACAGGCCUGAGGAGAAUGAGCAGUUUGUCAAGAUGAGAGCAGAUGUUGUCAAGCCAGGGAGCAUUACCAGGGGAAUGGAGACUUCACCAUCAGACAGUGAUGAGGAUGAGAAGUGA